ACCAGGUAGAAGCGGAGUAGAGACGGUCGUUGGGGAGCCCCAGCCCCAGGCCCAGGCCCCAGCAUGUACGCAUGCGCGGGCACGCGCGCCCAGCCGACCGCUCCCCGCCCUUGCCGUCCAGCCCUGCAUCCCGGCCUUUCCUUCCCCAAGCUCGCGCUGGCCAAACCGAGCCUGGUGCCUGGCGGUCGUCUCCGGGUUUAGUUUUAUCUCCGGUGUUGCCGCCGCGCCUGUCGUCGUCCUCCGCUAGCUGGCGGUCGGGCUAGCUUCUCCUCCGCCCUUAGCUGCUUGCUCUUGUUGCCGUGACCAGAGAGAUCGAGGGAGCUAGGGAGAUCGAUCGAUGGAGUGCCUGCUCGGGCUGCUCAAGGUGCGGGUGGUGCGAGGGGUGCACCUGGCCAUCUGCGACCCCCUCACCCACAGCAGCGACCCCUACGUCGUCCUCCGCCUCGGCCAGCAGAAAGUGAAGUCAAGUAUAAAAUAUCACACAAUCAACCCGGAAUGGAACGAGGAGCUCACCCUAUCCAUCACAAACAUGAUGCACCCGGUCAAGAUUGAACUCUUCGACCAUGACACGUUCACCAAGGACGACAGCAUGGGCGACGCCGAGUUCUGCAUCCUGGACUUCGUGGAGAUCGCCAAGCGGGACCUGAGCGACGUCCCCGACGGCACGGUGAUGAAGACGAUCCACCCGGAGAAGGCCAACUGCUUCGCCGCCGAGAGCCACAUCACGUGGAAGGACGGCAAGGUAUCCCAGGACAUCGUGCUCAGGCUCAGGAACACCGAGACCGGCGAGCUCGUCCUGCACCUGCACUGGGUCAACAUCCCGGGCGUCGCGCGGUGAACCCUCCGGUGGGACGGCGACGCCUGCCCAGCUGGUUUUACAUAUGAAAAAAAAGUAAUGUAAAUGUUGCUCCGUCUACUACGAGGUACCCAAAAUAAGCAAACAUCCUGAGGAGAUCAUGGAUGUGUAAUUCGUAAGGUACUCGGAAGGAUUAUGCUACUGGGAGCAAUGCUCUGUUUUCAGUUUGGUUCCGCAUAAUUUCCGCCGUUUCUCGAUCCACAGAGAUAUAUGUUGUGAAGGCAUGUCAA